CGCCGAGGUGAAGGGUGGCAGCUUCCUGAGCUCCCGCUGUUCUUUUUCCCUAUGAAGAUCCAUGAGACACUCCUCAGGAUCACCUAAAUGGGUCGGAGCGUCCUGAGCACUAUUGGAGAUGCCAGAAUGAGAAGGCGCAAGAGUCCUGGUCCCCGUCAACCAACCACCCAGGUGACUCGCACUAGGCCCAGGACAGAGACCUCUGUGCCCAGGGUUGCCUCUGCUCCCACCACUCGCACUCUGGUUCGCCCACAAAGGCCCCCAGCUGAGGUUGGUGUGACCUUUGAGGAUGUCGCCAUUUGCUUCUCCAAGAAGGAAUGGUGCCUCCUUGAUGAGGCUCAGAGACACCUGUACCUUGAAGUGAUGCUGGAGAACUAUGACCUCAUCUCCUCUCUAGGUUGCUGCUGUGGAGCAGAAGAUGUGGAGGCACCCACUGAACAGCAUGUUUCUGUGAGAGUGUCACAGGCAAAGAAUCCCAAUGUAGCUUUGUCCUCCCAGAAGAGCCACCCCUGUGAGAGUUGUGGAAUAGUCCUGAGAGACAUUUUCUACUUGGUUGAGAAUCAGGAAACACAGCACAGCCAGAAACUAUUGAGAUGUGGGGCAUGUGGAAAGCGGUUUUAUCUCAGCACAAAGUGUCCCCAGCACCAGGAGCAGCACGUGAGAGAGAUGCAUUUCAUAAGAGGUGUGGAGAGGACCCCACGUGCCAAGGGCUGCCAUUUCAAUGUGUCACAAAAGCCUUUUACCUCUGAGGAGGUUGGACAGGACGUUCUCAACAGCUCAGGACAUAUCCAAGAGCAGGCUACUCACACCACAGGUCGGCCAAGUGAAAUGUCAGCAUCUGGUGUGCGUUUUAAAAGGAGAAAAAGUGAUUACGCCAGGAAAGAAUGUAAGAAAGCCAUUGGCUACAACCAAACAGUUGCUCAGGACCGUGGUGCCUAUACUGGAGUACAGUGUUUUACGUGCUGUGAAUGUAAGAAAUAUUUUACAAAAGUUUCUGAUCUCUGUAAUCACCAGAAAGUUCAUACAGGAGAAAGGCCAUAUGAGUGCAGUGAAUGUGGAAAAUGUUUUAGACAGCACGCCAACCUUAUUGUACACAGUCGAGUUCAUUCUGCAAAAAAGUCGCAUGAGUGUGGUGAAUGUGGGAAAUCCUUUAGCCAAAAUGCAAGUCUCAUUCAACACCAGAGAGUUCACACUGGAGAAAAGCCAUAUGAGUGUGGCGAAUGUGGGAAAUCCUUUAGCCAAAGUGCAAGCCUCGUUCAACACCAGACAGUUCAUACUGGAGAAAAGCCAUAUGAGUGUGGUGAAUGUGGAAAAUAUUUUACCAGUACCUCUGGCCUUUAUCGUCAUCAGAGACUUCACACUGGAGAAAGGCCAUAUGAGUGUGGUGAAUGUGGAAAAUAUUUUACCAGUACCUCUGGCCUUUAUCGUCAUCAGAGACUUCACACUGGAGAAAGGCCUUAUGAGUGCAGUGAAUGUGGGAAAUCUUUUGUCACGAACUAUCACUUGCGUUGUCAUCAGCAGAGAUUUCACACUGGAGAAAGGCCUUAUAGGUGCAGUGAGUGUGGGAAAUCUUUUGUCACAAACUAUCACUUGCGUUGUCAUCAGAGAUUUCACACUGGAGAAAGGCCUUAUGGGUGCAGUGAGUGUGGGAAAUCUUUUACUUAUAGCAGUGGCUUCCGUGAUCAUCAGAGGGUUCACACUGGAGAAAGGCCUUAUGAGUGCAGUGAAUGUGGGAAAUCUUUUACUUAUAGCAGUGGCCUCCGUUAUCAUCAGAGGGUUCACACUGGAGAAAGGCCUUAUGAGUGCAGUGAAUGUGGGAAAUCUUUUGUCACGAGCAGUCACUUGUGUUGUCAUCUUAGAGUUCACAAGAGUAAGGCCUUAUGAUUGCAGCAAAUGUGGGAAACCUUGUAUCUGUAGCAGUGGCCUCGAUUAUCAUUAGAGAUUUCACACUGGAGAAAGGCCUUAUGAGUGCAGUGAAUGUGGGAAAUGAAACAGUCACUUAACUUUGUUCUCGGAUUUGUUGGAGGAAAUUAGGAGUAGCCUGAGCCCAUAAUGAGAUCUGUAUUUUCUUCAUUCUGACUAGUUCGGGCAUGUGCCUGACCCAGUGUUGACCCCAGAGAACAUCAUCUAAGGUUAGCUGGCAGCUUGCAGAAGGACUACCUUUUCAGGGACCAUGUUUCCCUAGAUACCUGUGAUGAAUAUUUCCAUUGUCAAAGUCAGCAGUGCAAGAACUUCCAGGUUCAUGUCCCUUUAGUUUGUAAAAUAAUGUAGGCCCUUUUGUUUAAGUCCUCUUUCACCUUGGGUGUUUUAUUUACUGUGUGGGGUAGGUUAUAAGCAAAAACAUGGGGAAGCAUGAAGAGGUGAACAACUUUUAUGGGGUCUCAAACUUUCUCUGCCUCUGAAGAGACAGUAUAGUGCUGAAAUUCCUCACCAGUUCUUGCCAAAUUUGCAUUGCUUUCCACAUCCUCCUAGGAAAGACUGCAGGGCUCUGGUACUCAUGUGAAGCCUGGAUGCUAUGAGUUUUAGGAGACAGAAAUCAGGUUCAGGAGGGGGCAGGUGAGCCUGAUCUGUGUGGUUCGUGGUUGAGCAUUGGUCAAGGUUUGAUUCCCAGUCAGGGCACAUGCCAGGGUUGCAGGCUCCAUCCCCAGUAGGGGUUGUGCAGGAGGCAGCCAAUCAGUGGUUCUCUCUCAUCAUCGAUACCUCUCUGAAAUCAAUAAAAAUAUAUUUGAGGGGCAGGUAUGACAACCUCAAGUGUUUCUGGGAGCAGCAUGAUUUUUCUCUUGUUCACAGGUUAUGCCAGUACUUUUGGAGGGAAUCACUUUCAAAGAUCUUGCAAAGGGCUAUCUGUUCUAGUGUCUAUAAUUCCAUAUGUGAUGGUCAUUUGGGGUAGGACAAUAGGAGUUAAGAGAAAGCAUAAUUGCUACAGAAUCACAUCUAAUAGUGAUUAUGCAUAAUUAUAUGGAGAUAUGUUUGUUUUUUUAUAUAACUUAUGCUAUCUCAUUGUUUGAUUACAUUUUUCUAAGUAAGGGUUUAUGAUGAGCCUUUUUUUCAGAUGUGCAUUUGCUAACUAUUUGGUAAAAUGUUUGAGUAUAUGUUCUGCCAAAUCUAUGAAUUUUGGAAAUUUUCUUUAGCAAAAGAUCAGUUGUGGGGAGCAGUCUCAGAUUGACAAGUCCCAAGGAGACAAAGUGUUUCACAAGGUGGGCUGUCUGGCACCCGCUCCUUUGGCCCACUGAGGCUUGCCAGUUUGCAGACAAAGCAAGAUAUGAGACAGUCAGAGUAUGAGUAAAGGGAAGUAAGCAGGAUGGCGGGGAAACAAGGAAGCUGGCUGUAGUCACGAGGCAGGUCAGAGGGAAGUUGAUAAGUCUGUAAAGGCUAGAAAGAAAAAGCUGUGCAGAUCUAAUAAUAAAAUUGCUUUUGCUUACGUGAUACUUAUGUCAUCUUAAUUGCAUCAGUAUGCUGAGAGAAAUAAACUUGGGGCGGCAGUCUUGAACUGUUUGCCCUCCCGAUCCCAUCUUUUGUUUGUCUCUUUGUCGCCUUUUCUCCAUCCUCAACCCCCUUUUAGGUACUGUCCGACUGAAGCCAGCGGGCCCGGCAAUCAGUGAAACAACAAAAACGCACGUUAGAAUUUCACUCGUUUUGUGUCUUUUUUGUUUUAUAAGAUUAAUGUUUUCAUAUUGGAAAA